CCACCAAUACACACGUCAUUAUAUUACCACUCCAGCUAUCAUACAGCAAUAAAUACCAGCUCGUGAAAAGGGUUAGAUGAGCAAAUAAAAAAAGUGAGACCUGAGCUAAAUAAAUACAUACAAUAUUCAGGUUUUUUAGUGCAGUGCACUAAACUGCAAUUCAUUUCAACAUGUGAAUAUGUAAAAGAAAUAUUGGUGACACUUUCAGCGUGGUGACUUAUUCUAGCUAUCAGCGUUUAUCAACAUUUUGGCUGUUUAUUAUGGGCUGUUAUGAAGCGCGUGCACGUCUGCGUGACCGUAUCGAUGUCAAUGUGCCGAGCCUUAAAAUAAAGUUCGAUGGAAAUAUUUACGAUUCCUAAUUUAAUCUUCUGCUAGCUCGCUAGUCAAAUGUAAGCAAAUGACUCGAUCGGGCUUUUCUUGCUCUUCUCGAAUCGUCGGGUUUAGUCGGGUUUGUGUACUGAUGUCAAAUGCGCGCGUUUCCUUACGUAAAGUCAACAGCGGCGCGCGCGCAUUGGACUUUUGGGUCGCGCUUUGCUUUAAGCUGUCCUUUAAACGCCGAGCAAUAUGCGCGCGGCGUUAUGCGUAUGAUGCAUUGCUUUUAUAAUAGUAAAACAAAAACGAAACAAAAUGAUUUUUAGCACGCAUGCAUGUCAUGGUAUGCUUCUUGGCGUUUAUCUGCGCGAAAAGGGGACAAAUCCAAACCGAACUCCUUCAAAGAAUCAUUGUUAGGUUCAAAAGCAUCUAUAAAACCAUUCGCCUUUUAUUCCGCACAUUUUGUGGUCUCUCAUUCAGUUUAAAUCCACCAAUGGGCUUUGAGGCCGCCGAUAUUGGGAUGUAAAUGAGCGCGCCGCGCGUGCUGGCGCAGUGAAAGCGUCCGAUUGUUUAUUGAGCUCGCGGAGCCACGCGCCCGGCUCGCGGAGCGUCACCCGGCGGGCGGAGUCCCGCGCGAGAAGCGUGCGUCUUGAAAGGGGGUGGGGUGUCCGACGCGUGUUGAAAAAGCCGAGAGCUGCCAAAGUUUGUAGCAGAUACGAGCGACCGCAACACCACGCGAAGGGCACGGGAGUCGUGCGUCGCUUAGUCUUUCCUUCGGAUUUUGCCGUUCGAGAAGAUUUGCCAAAAACGAACCAUGGAUGCCGCGCAAAGUGCAUGCAUCGCGCAAGACUGCGCGCAAACCAAGUCGAAGGUGCUGAAGAGACAGCGCUCGCGCUCGCCGGAGCUGUUGCGCUGCAAGCGGAGGCUGGCGUUUAACGGACUGGGAUACAGCAUCCCGCAGCAGCAGCCCGUCGCGGUGGCGCGGCGCAACGAACGCGAGAGGAACCGCGUCAAACAGGUCAAUAUGGGAUUCCAGACGCUGCGCCAGCACGUCCCCAACGGCGCGGCCAAUAAGAAGAUGAGCAAAGUGGAGACGCUCCGCUCCGCGGUGGAGUACAUCCGCGCGUUGCAGCAGCUUUUGGACGAGCACGACGCGAUUUCCGCCGCGUUCCAGUGCGGCGUUCCGUCACCGACGCUCUCCAACGCGUACUCGGCCGACCCGGAGUCGCCACACUCCUCAUAUUCGUCCGACGAAGGGAGUUACGAGCCCCUGAGCUCUGAAGACCAAGAGCUGCUGGACUUCACCACUUGGUUUGAUCGCUACUGAUGAGAUUUUACGAUCUUCACCCAAACGUUCUUGUUGGAAAACCCAGAUUGAGGAACGCGGUUGCUGGUUUUUGGAGGCUUGUUACUGGCCCGAGAUGAUCUAGAAACAAACCCCCGGACUCUUGUGAGCUUCACAGGUGCUGCUUCGUUGGCUCGACGGGCGGCAGGGCUGGGACGCUGCGGCUUAGUGGUUAAGCUGGAAAAGGUUGUGGGUUCAAGUCCCAGCGGGGCUGAUGAGCUUCUACAAUUGCGAAACAAGUCAAGACUGCUGGAUGAACUCAUUUCAUAAGUGCAAUUGUGGGCAUGAUAUGUCGAUGCCGUUUAGAUGAGACCAACUUCCCUAAGAAUGUCAAGUUAAUGGGAAUAUCGUUUAUUAUUACCUACAACCAACUACCAGGUCUGCCUGAGGACCGAUGUCGAAAUUUGUACAAUAACUUUUUGUAUUGUUAAAGAUGAAGAUAUAUUUUUGUAAGUGGAGCACAACAAAUGAACGCUGUUAGGUUGUUGUAACGAUGAUGAUGAUGAUGAUGAUAACCGUUCCGUUUAGAUCAAAGUUGUUUUUAACACUGGAGAAGAGUCGAUCUGUCGAUCUGUAUUUAUCGAAAUUUUAUUGUCUAGAUGUAGUUCUUCCUGUGAAACCAUACACGGUGGACUUUUCCGAUGCACUUGUCCAUUUUUAGUAGUGUACAUAAAUGAUUUUAACAAAUAUAUUUUGUGCAAAUGUUUUUA